CCCAGAAAAACAACAACAAAAAAACGCUUUAGAACAUUUUAAGAGACUUGCCCGUGGAAGUGUUUCCCCUCAGCCUGGUAUAACUCCUCUAAGGUGGUCCCCAGUUGCCUAGGACUCAGAAGAGCUGUUACCUUUGUAUGAGGAAACAGACUUUUAGGGGCAAGAGGGAGCAGACUGUCUCCAUUAUGAAAAAUAGUGCAAGCUGGCUGGAAGUGCUUAAAAGGAACAGUGUAAGUUGUUCUUAAACUGAAAAGUACAGUGGAGUCCCCUGAAGGGUUUGUAUAAAUGCAGGUUUCUGGACCCCACCCCAGAGUUUCUGAUUCUGUAGGUCUGAAUUGGAGCCUAAGAAUUUGCAUUUCUACCUACUUCCCAAAGGAUGUUCAAUCUGUUAGUCCAGAAAGCAUACUUGGGAACCACUGAUGUUAAAAUACAUGGCAUUAAGGGUGACCUAUUUUUAAGAUAUGGCCUGAGCUGCUUCUAAUCUCAAAUAAUAAGAUCUCAUCAUGAAGUCCCAGCACCCUCUGUCACCUCAGAGGUAUAUAUUCUGUCAUGAGCAGUUACCAACACAGCCCAAGUCCCAACAGUGGAUUGGGACAUUCCAUGUCAGACAAAUCCAUUUCCUCAUUUGUAGGAUGGGUUAAAACCUCCCUUUAGAGGCUUGUAAAAGGUUUAAUAGAAUUUUAGUGCACAUAUCAGUUGACACAUUCAAUACUCAUUACCAUCCCCAUCCCCUACUGUCCUUUCUAGAAUUACUAAUACCCUAUCACUACUGGAAUCUGUUCAUGGGAACCACAAAGUAAGUUUAAUAAGUCAGUAAUGAGACAGAUGUGAACUGUCAUGGCCAUGACCUCGCCGGGGAAAUUCCAUGUUUUUGAUUCCUCUCCUUUAGGACUGUCAAUGGCAGGAUAUCAGCUCUGGUCACCAUGGACCCCACUGGAUGAGAGCUUCCAAUGGCUGCGGCACACAACACCUACCCCUUCCUCCAAGCACCCCUUUAGGGCCUCCCCCUGUUUUCCACAUACCCCUUCUGACCUUGAAGUGCAGCUGUGCUUUCAAGAGGUCACUCUAGUCCUAGACAGCCCAUUCCUGGAAACCGGAGUGAGUCCCAAGUUACCCUGCCACACGUCAGAGCUCCGAACCAUGAGCAACAAGAAAGGACUGGUCAGGAAGCCCCAGCCCAUCCGCCUCAGUGGAGUGGAUUCUGUCUUUGGCAGGGUCAUCACGGCUCAGCCACCCAAGUGGACUGGGACCUUCAGAGUUUCAGACAAGUCAGCCUUCUGCAAAAUUAUCAGCAGGGAGCACCAGUGGCCCACUGGACUUAAGGAGCCUCAGAUUCAGAUGACAGUGACUAUGUGCAAACAGAUGCUGCGCUCCAUCCUCCUGCUGUAUGCAACAUAUAAGAAGUGCACCUUUGCCUUACAACACUCCAAGUAAAGGGUCCCCAUCUGAUCCCCCCAAUCUUCACACCAUGUUCUUUGGUAUGUACCUGAAGCUUACACAAAUCUGUUCACAUAAAUGAAACUGUGACACUGCCCCAGCUAUUCUGCUUUCCUGUGAAGCAGUGAUAAUUCAGGAGCCCCUGUCUCUCCAAAAUAAGGGGAGGGUGGGCAGUGAUAACAGUGCAAGGGAGAACAUUUCCAUUGUAAAUUUGAAACGACCAUUUAAAAGAGUCAAACUAGCAUUGACAUGUACAUGUGAUAAAGAACCAUUAAACCAUAUAAAUCAA